UUUACCACAACUAGGGAAACAAUUUCGACAACACCAUUUUUUGAGAACGAAAACUAAUCAGAUUUCUAAUCCUUACGAUUGAAUCAUCACCACCCACCCUUAGAGCUUUUCAAAGCUCUUUUACGAAUUGUUGUUGUACAGAAACUCCACCUAUUUUAAGUAGAUUAAUUAAAUUAGUUGUUUAAGGAGAAUCCUAAAUACCAACAUUUUACAUAAAUAAACUGAAGCAGCUACUCCAAAAUGGGAGCCUUUUCCAGAAAGCCUAGAGUCAAUAAGACUCUGAUAUCACUGAAAGUGGUAGCCUUCUUUGUAUUGAGUGGUAUCUCCGCCCUCCAUAUACUCAACAAUCGCAUGCCCUCUGUUUUGGGUUUAAAUUUCAAUGAAUAUCGUGACAUUACCAUAAUUGCUUCAUUCGUAUCGAUAUUGGGUCCCCUAAUCGCCGGACCCUUGGCAGAUCGUUUUGCUGCCAAAAAUCCUAAUAAUUUUGGCAAAACUUUGAGAAUACUAACCGCCAUAUUUCUACUAAUAACCGCCAUCAUAUAUGCCUGUCUCUUUGCGGUGCCCGAAGUGAAACGUGGUGAGGCACAUCAACCUCUAGUUAGUUUUGGAUGUGAUGCCAAUGGAGCUGUCAUAUUCCAACAACGUUGCUCGGAAGACAAUCAAUGUCAUCAUUGGAAAUCGAAGGUGGGUAGUGUUAAUUUAACCAGAUGCACCUAUACCUGUCAAGAUCCCACACAAUAUGAGAAUAUGUAUACACCCUGGUUGGAAAGUAUACCAACACCCUCGCCCUCCACCGAACAUAGUUCGGAGUUUGAUUAUGAAGAUGAAUCGACAGCGGCGGUAACAGAGAGUUUGAGACAACGUAGAAAUGCGCAACAACAAGUUGAGCAGUCCUCGGAAUUGGGUGCUGCAGAAGUAAUGAGUUCUGAAGUUCUCUCCCGUCAAAAGAGACAAUACAAAUCUUCACCCAAUAAGGUAUAUGUUGAACCUCCUCACUUGUGUAUGACCGAAAAGAAUGAAGAGGGAGAAAGUGUGGUUAAACACUGUCAUGUUUAUACCGAUGAUACCACCAGUAUCUUGGUGCACACUGUUAUGAAGGCCGCCACCAAUGUGGAGAAUGAUACUCACUCAGCUGAAUGGUGUAAUUAUCCUUUGGACGGUUUCCAAUGUCAAAUACCCCUGCAACAGGCCAACUAUAUGAUCCAAUUGAAGAACAACAGCGAUUGCAAACCCAUGAUUGAAUGCCAAGUUAUUGAUCCUUAUGGCAGUAAAGGCAGUGUUUUGGCCGAUAGUGAAUGUGUUAAGAUUGAGGGUGAUUUGGACUCUACUUUGGGUGGUUAUACUGCCAUACGCAUAUUGGGCGAUAUCUUCGCUUUGGCUUGUUUGACUUUAUUGAAUACCGCCAUUGUUAUAGCCGUCCGUGAGACCUCCGAGGGUAGAGGAGAAGUUUGCCGUCAAUAUGCCUGGGGUGCUGUGGGUUACGUGAUUUUAUUCUGUUCCUUAGACUUGUUUUUCUUCAAAGAAGCCGAGGGCAUGACUGUGGCUUUAAUUUUGGUUAUUGUCUGUUUUGUAUUGGGUGCUUUAGUUCUGCUAUUCGCCAGCCAAAUGCCUUUGAGUCCUCCUGAAUGGUGGUGGCAUACUAAGACCGGCAUGUUGGUUUAUCCCAUGUCUGCUAUAAGAAAAUACAGUCCAGAGAUUUUUGUUUUAACUUUAGUGGCCAUUUUGUUUGGCACCUUCUGGGGUAGUAUACACAGCUAUUUGUAUUGGAGCUAUUUGGGUGAAUAUGCUGCCUAUUUCUCUGGCUUGCUGUUGAUUUUGGUUUUAUUCUUUAAUGUCGACAAAUUCAUAGAAUAUUGUGGUCAUUCCAAUAUUUUCAUUGGUGGCUUUGCCAUGUUUAUUAUACGUUUCACUGCUUUGGCUAGCAAGGAUACCGAUUGGUUGACCAAUCUUAUGGAAAUAAUAGAACCCGUAAUUUUGGGCAUUGUUUGGAUAACCAUUAUUUUGUAUAUGCGUCAUGCCAUGCCACGUAAAUUCACCGCUACAGGCCAGGCUUUGGCUGUUAUUGCCUUCUUUGCUUUGGGCAAAGGUUUUGGUGCUUUGAUCGGUUUAGUGCACGAUGAUAAGAAAGGCAUUCAUACCGAUGAUGAUUUGAUUAAGUUUGAAUGGUUAUCUGUUACCGCCUGCAUUAUUGCCCUUAUUUAUUUUGUUAUCUAUAAUUUAAUAUUGGCUCCACGUUGUGCUGCCAAACCUGUGCAUUUGGAUGAUCUAAUGUCCGGCUCUGCUUCACAAACCUUUGCCAAUGGUGCUGGCGGUACUGGUGGCAAUGGCAGUGCUGGUGGUGCCCUUAAUGGUAAUGGUACUGGUGCCGGCAAUGGCAACAGUUAUUCACCCUUAAGAGUGUAUCACAACGAAAGAGGAAAGAAGGGUCAAUUUAGGUAUUAAAUAUUUUUUUUAACAAAUUUUGUUUUUAGUUCUACUUAUACAGUUUUUUUCUACUCUAACUAAAAAGAUGAUUGAUGAUUACUCUUUAACUAUUAUUUUGUUUAAUUUAAUAAGAAAUUAAGAAGAUUAUAUUAAGCUUAAUAAAAUGACAAAAAAUUAAAUAAAAAAAAUAAAUUAAAACAA